AUGGCGAUCGCUGAUGUAACCAUUGAUGCUUGCAUUGCACACAAAAGCAACACACACCCUUCUCUUACAUCGGAUAUGCAGAGUUUGGGCAGCUACAGCUCCUCUAUUGGAGCACUUCUUGGUUUCUUCAUGAGUGGUAUCUUAGUUCAUCUUGUUGGCUCCAAGGGAGUGUUUGGCUUGCUGACAUUUCCAUUUCCGGUGGUAUCGGUGGUGGGGAUUGUGUUUAGCGAGUCCCGCGUUACUGGUUUCUCUUACAAACAGGUAAACCAAAAAUUUAUCGACGCAGGGAAAGCAGUGUGGAGGACAAUGAAGUGUCCAUAUCUUCAAAGGAUGGUCCUAUGGUUGCUCAGGAAACGGUUGGUUUCAUUUUCUCAGUUGGUUCAAUAG